ACAGAACAUCAACAAACCAGCAAGCCCCAGAGCGAGGUGGCAGGCACUGAUAAUCGUACCCUUAUUUAGGGCUACAAGGUCUGAAAAGACAGCAAGGAAAGCGGAACUUAAACAGCCACCUUGGGUCACAACGAAUGAAGAAUGGCUGGGAUUUUCGAAUUUGACCUGGAGUCGGAGGACCUUAGCGAUGUUGAGGAUGACGACUGUGACUUCACCGUGGCGCAGACAGAUCCUGGCAAAACAGAAGAGAUAGAGCUUACCAGUGCCGUUGUCAACAGAGACAGUGAGAGGAUCGGACCAGACAGCUUUGAGCUGCUGAGUGUGCUGGGCAAGGGGGGCUACGGCAAGGUUUUCCAGGUGCGAAAAGUGCAGGGUUCACAGACCGGGAAGAUAUUUGCCAUGAAGGUUUUGAAGAAGGCCAAGAUAGUGUGUAACGCGAAGGACACGGCCCACACGCGUGCCGAGCGUGAGAUCCUGGAGACAGUGCGUCACCCGUUCAUCGUCGACCUGCUGUAUGCCUUCCAGACCGGGGGGAAACUCUACCUCAUCCUGGAGUGUCUCAGUGGUGGCGAGUUGUUCAUGCAGCUUGAGAAGGAAGGAAUCUUCAUGGAGGACACUGCAUGCUUUUAUCUGGGCGAGAUCGUGCUGGCUCUGGGGCACCUUCACUCAAAUGGGAUCAUCUACCGAGACCUGAAACCGGAGAACAUAAUGCUGAACCACCAAGGUCACAUCAAGCUGACUGACUUUGGCCUAUGUAAAGAGUCCAUUCACGACGGGGCUGUCACACACACUUUCUGUGGGACCAUAGAGUACAUGGCUCCGGAGAUUCUGACCCGUACGGGGCACAACCGGGCAGUGGACUGGUGGAGCCUGGGAGCCUUGAUGUAUGACAUGAUGACCGGCUCGCCUCCGUUCACUGCUGAGAACAGGAAGAAGACCAUCGAUAAAAUCUUGAAGUGUAAAAUCAACCUGCCACCCUACCUCACGUUGGAUGCCCGAGACAUGAUCAAAAAGCUGCUGAAGAAGAACCCUUCCCAGAGGCUUGGCUCCAGUGCAUCAGACUAUAAAGACAUACAGAAACAUCCCUUCUUCAGACACAUUAACUGGGACGAUCUGCUGAAUAGGAGAUGUGAGCCUCCCUACAAGCCGUGUCUGCAAUCCGAAGAGGAUGUAAGUCAGUUUGACACCAGGUUUACCAAGCAGCCUCCAGUGGACAGUCCCGAUGACUCCUCAAUCAGCCACCAGCAUGAACACGCCUUCGCUGGUUUUACCUACGUGGCCCCCUCAGUGUUGGAGAGUCUGAAGGAGGGCUUCUCCUUUGAGCCGAGGACACGUCCUGCGCGCCGACACAACAGCAGUCCGCGGACACCAAUCAGUCCUCUGAAGUUUUCUCUCGCCGGGCCGUUCGCCAAGUCCGGAGGAGACAGCGAGUCGGACCUGCUCUCACAGGCACCGUUCGCGGCCGCAGUAUUUCCCCCGGCCCUGCCCACCGACAACGGUGCCACGCAGCCAAUCAGCACACCCGGACGGAACAAAAAGCAGAAGGUUUCUUCAGUGGCUGCAGUGUAAACUGAGACGCAAGUUUGCUUGAUGACCACCGAAAGACUAACAUCCAGAAAAUCUCCCUACCAACCUUAGCCUGACUGACUCCUCUAGACUGUUAUCAACAUACCUACAAACACAAACCAAUACUCACACAACUAAUAACUACACAUUUACUUACCUCCCCAACCUCCAACUAACCUUCGGUCUACCUAUCCACCCACCCAUUGGAACAUACAAUCACCCACCAGGUCUAAUUAGAUUUAAUCAAAUUGAUAUUGGCCCGGGUGUCAUCUGAUAAUGCAGUUGACAUACCAAGCAGCCUAGCAAAGUUCUAUAUGAAGCCAAAAACAGUGAGGGGGCCAAAGACUUUUGUGCUUCCUUUUCAAGCCAUAAGAACAGUGUGGGAUCAUUUCAUGCCUUGUACUCCAGUAGCUCUUUAAAGUUCCCUGUAUCUUCCUCAUGGCCUCUGAACGCAUUUCCCUGCAUUGCCAAAUAUUGUAAACCACCAUGUAUCUUCAAAAGGUUUUCUCUGGCCUCUUCUUACAGAUUCUUCUGUGCAUUAGAUAAUGUGGUUGUGAUUGGUUGAGCUUCGUGUAUGGAUGUGGUCUCUGCAUGUUUAUGGCUCUGGCUAUUUUUGUGAUUUUUAUACAUGACAAUAAGCCUUCAUCCAAUUCUUGAGUCCUAAACUCAUGUAUACAGGGUCAGAAAUUGUUAGUAAUUUGUAUCUUCUUGUCUCUGAAUGCGCUUCAUCAAUAAAACCACAGAACUGCCAUGCACCUUG